AUGAUGUCACAGAUGGGCAUGUCCCUGCUCCACUCUUGGUGUCCUCAGAACUGGAUUGAGGAACUAGAGGGAAAAUCCACCUUCCCCAGCACAGCUGUACUAUCGAUCCCACUCUAUUACUUGUCAGGUUAACUACCAGCACAAAGGGGCCUGCGUAAUCCAGAAACGAUGUCAACUGAUGAUAAGAGUAAGCCUACAGACCCCAAGAAUGAGCCCAAGUACUGUGACCCCAGGUGUGAACAAAAGUGUGAGUCCAAAUGCCAGCCCAGCUGUUUAAAGAAGCUACUGCAACGCUGCUCAGAAAAGUGCCCAAAGCAGAAGUGUCCUCCACCACCAAAGUGCCCACCAUGUCCCCCGCCGUGCCCCUCGCCAUGUCCCCCACCAUGUCCACCAUGCCCCCCACCAUGUCCACCAUGUCCCCCACCAUGCAUCCAUCAGUGCCCUCACAGGCCUUGCUCCAAGCCCUGUCCACCUAAGUGUACCCCUGCCUGCCUACCUCCAGAGUGAGGCACCAUGGCUGCCACAACCCAACUACCACCACCAUGUACAACACCUGGGUUGGAACUAAAGCCAUGACCUGACAAGUAAAGGUGAUAUCCUGCUGUGCAUUACUUCCUUCUGUCUUGGUGGUUUUGCUUUCUUUUGUUGUUAUUUUACAGCAUGAAAGCAUCAAGAACCAAGUCAUAAGGAGUGAGGUCAGAGCUGCAGACCUCCACUAUCAAAGACCUUCAAGUCCUGGCUACCCUCUGUCCUUGUCUACAACUUAAGAGGGACCUGCCUCUCCUAAAGGAUAUACUGCAUGAACCCAGGCCCCUGGUAGAGCAGAGAUCGAUAAAGCAGCUGGUGAAAUGCAGGAACCCCAGGAAGUGAGAUGUAGACAGCCUGAGGGAAAAAGAGUGGGACAUUGGCAAAAGGCCCAGGAAGGCUCA